AUGUUGAAGCUCACAACCAUCUUCACGCUCCUGCUGGGGGCGGCAUCUGCCACGCCCACCCCGAGCCCUGCCGCCAACGAUGAGGGCAUCACCAAGCGUGCCACCAGCUUCUGGUACCCCAACAUGGACCACGUCAACGCUCCCCGCGGCUUCGCCCCUGACCUCGAUGGCAACUUCAACUAUCAGGUCUACCAGACCGUCAACCCGGGAGACGGAGCUGCUCUGCAGCGAGCCAUUACCAGCGAUGGCAGCGGCUCGCGCCAUUCCCAGUGGUUCGCAUCGCAGCCAAGAGUCGUGUACAUCCCGCCCGGAACAUACACUCUCUCGCAGACGCUGCGAUUCAACACCGACACCGUGUUGAUGGGCGAUGCCACCAACCCGCCCAUCAUCAAGGCCGCCGCCGGCUUCUCGGGCGACCAGAUCCUCGUCAGCGGCCAGGACCCAACCACCAACGAAAAGGGGGAGCUGUCCUUUGCCGUGUCCCUCAAGAACGUCAUCCUCGACACGACCGCCAUCCCCGGCGGCAACCAGUUCACCGCCCUCUGGUGGGGAGUCGCCCAGGCCGCUCAGCUGCAGAACGUCAAGAUCACCAUGGCUUCCUCCCAGAACGGCAACGGUCACACGGGCAUCCGGAUGGGCCGCGGCUCGACGCUCGGCCUAGCCGACGUCCGCGUCGAGCGUGGCCAGAAUGGCAUCUGGGUCGACGGCCACCAGCAGGCUGCCUUCCACAACAUCUACUUCUUCCAGAACACCGUCGGCAUGCUCAUCAGCGGCGGCAACACCUUUAGCAUCUUCUCGUCCACGUUUGACACGUGCGGAACGGGCAUUUCCAACACGGGCGGUGCUCCUUGGAUCGCCCUGGUAGACGCCAAGUCUAUCAAUUCCGGGGUUACGUUUACGACGACGGGAUUUCCUUCCUUCUUGAUCGAGAACCUGACCAAGGAUACGACGUCUCCCGUCGUUAUUGCUCGUGGAUCAACUCUGGUUGGGGCUUCCACUCACAUCGACACGUAUUCCUUUGGAAAUACGGUUGGGAGAAACCCCAUCUACGGCGAGGUGAGAUCUCAAAACACGAGACCUGGUGCUCUGGCCCCUGGUGGGAGAUAUCCAUAUGUCCCGCCGCCGACAUACGCCGAUGUCCCCGUCUCUGGCUUCUUGAACGUCAAGGACCCAGCGCAGAACGGAAACAGAGUCGUCAAGGGGGACAACACCGUCGACGAAGCAGCCACGCUGAAUGCCAUCCUGGCCCUCGCCGCCAGCCAGAACAAGAUUGCCUACUUCCCCUUUGGAAAGUAUCGGGUCGACAGCACGCUCUUUAUUCCUCCGGGGUCCCGCAUCGUGGGCGAGGCCUGGUCAACCAUCACCGGCAACGGCCAGUUCUUCAAGAACGAGAACAGCCCGCAGCCCGUCGUUGCCGUCGGCCGGCCCGGGGACGUCGGCGUCGCACAGAUCCAGGACAUGCGCUUCACCGUUUCCGACGUUCUCCCCGGCGCCAUCGUCAUGCAGUUCAACAUGGCCGGCCGCAACCCAGGCGACGUGGCCCUCUGGAACUCGCUCGUCACCGUGGGCGGCACGCGCGGUGCUUCCGCCCUGACCAACGCCUGUACGAACCCGGGCAACGAGUGCAAGGGCGCGUUCCUGGGCAUCCACAUCACCAAGAACUCGUCGGCGUACAUCCAGAACGUCUGGAACUGGGUGGCGGACCACAUCGCCGAGAGCUUCGGCGGCGGCUCCUCCAUCGCCGGCAAGGGCGGCGUGCUGGUCGAGAGCUCCAAGGCGACGUGGCUGUACGCGCUGGGCAGCGAGCACUGGUGGCUGUACCAGCUCAACCUGCGCAACGCCAACAACGUCGUCGUCUCCAUGCUCCAGUCCGAGACCAACUACGAGCAGGGCGCCAACGCGCAGCAGGUCGUGCCCGCCCCCUGGGUCGCCAACGUGGACGCCUGGGGCGAUCCCAACUUUUCGUGGUGCAGCGGCGGCGACAAGCGGUGCAGGAUGGGCUUUGGCAACUACAUCAAUGGGGGAUCCAACAUUUAUACGUAUGCCUCUGCUUCGUGGGCGUUUUUCAGCGGGCCCGGGCAGGGCUGUUCUCAGUUUCAGUGCCAGCAAACCAUGCACUGGAUUGCCAGCACGCCCAGUAAUCUCCAAGCCUUUGGACUGUGCUCCAAGGACUCGGUUAACACGUUGCGGCUCGGGGACGGCACAUUAAUCAACACGGCCAACGGCUUCACUGGCUCGUGGCCGGGUGGCGGUGGUGAUGUCGGUCGUUAUACCGUCUAA